CUCUUCUUCCUCAUCCAUACACCUUCACCUUCACCUCCAUCUCCAUCUCCACCUCUAUUUCUCUCUCACCACAUACUGCUGUCGCAGAGCCAUUCGUUAUCCCUCGCGCGCAUUACUGAAAGAUCAGAUCUCGGUGCUUUUUUUCUUUUUACCACGCAGCCAUUAAUACCCAUCGAAUUGUCCGAGACCCCAACCUGCCCUGCCCCGUUUCUGCACCCUCCCGCGCUCCCGUCCACCGCGCGUCCUGGGGGUCAUGUCCGUUCAUUGCUAUCGUUGCUAUCCGCCACCACGAUAGACAACCACCACUGCCGUUUCCGACUGCGAUUAGCCACUUCCUGUAUACCUACUCCUGUCUUCAUACUGUCGACCUCAACUUGGCUCCACACAUCUAAUAUUACUGCCGUACGCUGCAGUCCUACCUUGUCACCGCCGCUGCGGCCCCAUCGCUCCGCGAAUCAACCCUGAUGGGCAAGUGGAGAUACGGUAUCGUCCUCGAUGCGGGUUCAUCAGGGACCCGGAUACAUACAUACAAAUGGCUGAAGCCAGAUAAAGCAAGGAAAAAGGCCACAAAGGAAGAAUUGGCCAACUUGCCCAAGGUCGAGGGAAUUGACGUGAAGAAGAUCCACCCUGGAAUCUCCACCUUUGGCGACAAACCUGAGGAUGUCGGCCCUGACCACUUACAUCAGCUCUUCGACCAUGCCUAUACUGUCGUUCCCGAAGACGAGAUAGAGGACACUCCCGUCUUCUUGCUCGCCACAGCUGGAAUGCGAUUACUUGAAAAUAGCAAAAGGAAGACACUUCUAAAGGAGAUCUGCACCUAUGCAAAGAAGACGACUAAAUUCCAAUUGCCCGACUGUGAUCUGCAUAUCCAGGUCAUUCCUGGCGAAACAGAGGGUCUGUAUGGUUGGAUAGCUGCGAAUUACCUAUUGCAAGGAUUUGACAAACCAGAUGCCCAUGACCAUGGCAAGGAUCAUCACACUUACGGGUUUCUUGAUAUGGGAGGUGCAUCUGCACAAAUAGCUUUCGCCCCGAAUGCCACCGAGGCCGAGAAACACGCAAACGAUCUCAAGCUCCUACGCCUGAGAAAUGUAGAUGGCACCUCGACCGAAUACCGAGUCUUCGUGACGACAUGGCUGGGUUUUGGCGUGAAUGAGGCUAGAAAGAGAUAUGUCGAGCACUUGCUAGAGGCCAUGCCUGAUUCAGACGAGCUCCCAGAUCCAUGCCUACCGUCCGGUCUGACGGUCACAACGAAAGGCAGACCGGUCGAAGCAGGAUCGCCUGAAGACAAGGGAGAGAAGACACAUAUCUCUGGCACCGGUAAAUUCGACACCUGUAUCCAGUCAGUCUACCCACUUCUAGAUAAAGACGCUCCCUGUGCAGAUCCACCCUGUCUGCUCCACGGCUCUCACGUCCCAGCCAUCGACUUUGAUGUUAAUCAUUUCAUCGGCGUAUCGGAAUACUGGCACACAACCCAUGAAAUAUUCGAGUUCGCACACAAAGAUAAAGCAUACGAUUUCCAUACAUACCAAAAACGGGUAAAUGAAUUCUGCAGCAUGUCUUGGUCCGAUAUAUCCAAGGGUGUCAAAGACCAUGCUUGGGGCAACAAAGUCGACGAGACCACCGCCCUCGAGGUGUGUUUCAAGGCCUCUUGGCUCAUCAACGUCCUUCAUGAUGGCAUCGGCGUCCCACGUAUCGGCCACGAAGCUCUCCACGGAGGUUUCAAUGGCACCAAAGAGGUGAUAGAUAAAGCCAAAGACCGCGGCUACCUCGAUUACUUCCAAGCCAUCAACAAAAUCAAAGGUGUCGAAGUCUCUUGGACCCUCGGCAAAAUGGUGCUCUACGCAUCCUCCGAAGUCUCACCCGCUGACCCUGACGUACUCGCCGUCGGCUUUGGCACAAACGAGCCUGGCAAAGGCGUAAGUUCCGACUUCCAAUACGCCGGAGGCUCUCCUCUUCGCUGGUCCGACGACACCUCUCCUGAUGACGACGACAAUGACUGGCACGACGUCUUCACCCACGAUUCUCCACGCCGCAUUCCCGGCUUCUUCCUCAUCGCCCUUAUAAUACUGGUCGCUUUGAUCAUGGCCUGCGGUCGCGAACGUCGCUCCUCCUUUAUGCACCGCAUGCGCCGUGCGUUUCCUGGUGGCACACGCUCAAAGGCCGCUGGCAAGCGCCGCUCUAAACCGCUCAAUCUCAAACUGAACAUCGCAAGUAAGCUGUUCGGCUCAAAUACGCCACCGGGUCCCGCUUAUGAACGUGUUCUCGAAGAAGGCAGCGCGUCAACUGGCGGUGCUGACGCUUUUGAGUUACCCGACAUGGACGAUUCAUAUACAGACGCUGACCACUCUGAUUCAAGCGAGGGCAGUAUGCGUGUAGGGCGUACGAGUGGAUGGGCGACGCCACAGAUCAGCGGUACGAGUGGAUGGGUGACGCCACAAAUCAGCGGUACGAAUUCAAAGUCGUUCUCGGACAUGCCUGCGUAUUUUGAUGCGCCCGCGUCAGCACAGGUUGUAGGGCUAGGCAUUGGGAGUGUGCACCCUAGCGGUCCACCAAGCGUAGUCGGCAACGCAAUAGCGCGCGGUGGACUCAUGGCGCGUGUUGAUAGCAGGGAGCGAUUGAGUCUGGAUGCUGAUACGGCGCCGGCGCAUGGACUGAGGGGCAAAAUGGGACGGGUGGCCAGUAGUAAGAGUCGAGCGAGCAGUCCGAGUAAGUUGAGGAGUUUGAAGGAGAGUGUGGAUUGAGUGAGAUGGAAUGGGUCUCAUCUCGCUCUAAUCAAUUGAAGCAUGCGUGAACAUGGCGUUUUCGGAUUCAAUUUUGGCUGGAUGGGAUGGCGUGGCAUUUAUGAGGCGAACGAACGUCUCGGCGUUUUAUGUUUUAAGGGAUGACUGUUUGAAUGACCCGACGCUCUGAAUAAGCGGUCGUCGGUAUAGAGUGGAGGACAUAUCAAAGUACUAUCGCAGUCUCGCGAAAGGGCCCCAUGUUCGAGUACGUAUUAUACACUAAACCUGAGUAAUAUAAUUUGUGUGUGUGGAGUCUCCAUCUUUGUUUUGAAAAUAUUCACGACGAGUGGUCAAGAGUUC